CUCUAUCGGAUCCAUUGGACGAUUUCACAGUGCGGCCUGCAGCAGAGACCACACGGGCAGAGCUACGGCUACGGCGGCGGCAACGACAACUUACAAUAAAUUCUGCAACGAAUUGAAGUGCAACGAAAUGCAAGUAACAAUUGCGACGCAAUUGAAGCUCUCCUCAGAUCCUGCAAGCGGCAGGCCACGUUCCCGCAGCUACUAUCGCGGCUUCUAGGAGCCCCUCGAUCCCAUCGCCAUCGCCCCAAUGUUGUCUGUAUAAACGAAAGUAUGGCGCCAAAGUAGAACAUUCCAUCAGCGGUCGACAGCAAGCAAACAAGCCCGCUCCGUUUCCGCCAGCGCUCCUGUGUGGAGGAGCUACCGAUACCGACAAAACCACCGCCAUCACCUCAAUUCUCAGCGCGAGAUGACGGAGCAAAAGAACCAGGUGACGCGUGCUGCACCGGAGCAGAGCAACGACUACCGAGUGGUCGUCUUUGGUGCCGGCGGCGUUGGCAAAAGCUCCUUGGUGCUGAGAUUCAUCAAAGGCACGUUCCGGGAAAGCUACAUUCCGACCAUUGAGGACACCUACAGACAGGUCAUAAGCUGCAACAAGAACAUUUGCACGCUGCAAAUAACAGACACAACUGGAUCUCAUCAGUUCCCGGCCAUGCAGCGAUUGUCCAUAUCGAAGGGACACGCUUUCAUUCUGGUCUACUCGGUGUGCUCCAAGCAGAGCCUGGAGGAGCUACGGCCCAUCUGGGCGCUCAUAAAGGAGCUCAAGGGCGCCGACAUACCCAACAUUCCCGUCAUGCUGGUGGGCAACAAGUGUGAUGAGACCGCCGAGCUGCGGGAGGUGUCGCAGAUUGAGGGCCAAGCGCAGGCCACCACCUGGAGCAUAUCGUUCAUGGAGACAUCGGCCAAAACCAACCACAAUGUAACCGAGCUGUUUCAGGAGCUCCUCAAUAUGGAGAAAACGCGCACCGUCUCCCUGCAAUUGGAUACGAAGAAACAAAAGAAGCAGAAGAAGGAGAAAAAGGCAAAGGAAACGAAUGGCGCCAUACCGGAGAAUGGGGAGGCCAGCGCCAGUGCCAGCGGCGGUGCCAAGGAGAAGUGUCGGGUUAUGUAAGGAUAAUCGGAUUACAAUGGAGUGAUUCGAGUCGAUACGAAAUGAAAUGAAAUGGUGACAGACAAAUACUCGCUUUGGGGCAGGAGCGUUGGGUUGAGGCGGUUUUAACACAAAACCCACACGCACGCACACCCCCAUUCUAGAUUUAAACCCGUGCAUACCCCCACCCCACACAGAAACACAGACAUAAGCAUCCAAUCCAUACAAUAUGUAUUUAAGAACACACUACGAUUACAAUUACAAAUACGAUUACGACUAUAUUUUGCAUAGGUUUUAUUCAAGCAAAGAAUUUUCUAGUCGCACACUAUACACCAAUAUACGGUAUCAAAGAUAUGAUACUAUCCAUACUAUACGAAAAAACACAACACAGAACAGAACACGUACACGUACAGACCCCGGCUCAUCCAUGAAUGGGUGGGUGGUAGGGUAGCCCUAUGUUGACACAUAAUCGCAUCUGAAACGCAAAGGCAUACAUAUCAAAUAUUUACACACUUGCAUGAUGCACCACCACCAACCCAAUACGAGUACGCCACUGGUCACGCGAUGGAUGGUAGCGCAAGUGCCCAGUAAUCUGUAGCCCAUCCCAUCCCAUGCCACACGUAAGCAGGUAUCAUUCAAAGCUAUACACAGCAUACAUACAUACAUACAUAGUAUAUCUCUAAUGAAAGCCAAAGUACCUACUUAAAAGACAUAAAUCUGUAUCUACUAUACUUACGAUAUACAAGUACUUACAAUAUUUACAUACUUAAACCCAUUGACAGAAGACUUCUCUAUGUAAGUAGUCGACACGGAGACAAUUGUGGGGCAAACUAUCUAAGAACCGAUCGCCCCGCCCCCAUUACCGCCGUAUGCCUCCCCAGACUAUCAUUGCUGUUUAACUAUUUACCACCAAACAAAAAAGAACACUUAAUGAAUGAAUGAAUGUAGUACGAACCGAACCGAACCGAACCCUGAUCGCCACAUAAGUAAACUAAUGUAUAAAAUACUCAUAGCCAUGCCACAGUCGCAUUCCAUGCCCUGACCCCCCCACAUGAUUCAGGAAACAGUAACAGACACGAAAUAUUCAUAUAAAUCUGCUAGUCUGCUAUUUGUUGUUUCUUUGAGCAAAUUCCAGUUAACAUUGAUUAUGUAUUAUAUUGAAUAUGUACAACUUUACAAUUAUUUGCUGAAAGUUAUUGACGAGACGAGAGCAUUUUAACAAUAACAAGUAACACAGAAGUAGUCCUAAGUCAAAUCCAAAGUCUACGUACAAUUGCAUCCGUGGAGUCGUAACAGUGUGGUAGUAAGCCAAAGAAUACGCGUACAUCGAAGGAUAUUUGAGAGGUAAUUUUUGUAGCACAGCACAGGAUAUGGGAAUAAGUUGCCUGUUUUUAAACAAUACACACCACACACACGUACUAAAUGUUAGUACGUAUAUCUUAUGUAUAUCUUAAUGCAAACAAUUCCAAUUAUGGCAUUCGUUUUUUUUUAAUAAUAAUUAUAUUUGAGAUUGGCUUGUGCAUAGGCGUAGGAGUAGGCAUAGGCGUUAAACAAAUUGUUUCGCAUUGUUCUGCUACUGUUUGAUAUUAGGUGGCAUUAGUUUUUUAAAUUAUACGAUUACGAGUACCAAAACAGACCUAAGAGGGGUAAGGAGAAUGGAGAUAUACAUACAUAUGCUUUAAUUGCUGCUAAAACCAUACUAUUAGCUAGUUGAGGGGCAAACGCAAAUGCGAACCAGCGGGAAGUAAUUACAUUAAUUAUGAUGUUGCUCAGUUGUUAAACCGUAGAACAGAACAGAAUAGCAGAAACAAAUCGUGAGAUGAAAAUUACAUACUAUAACUAAACAAAAAAGAAAAUUGUUGAAUUCGAGUAGUGAAAUUAUUAAUCAGGAUUAUCAUAGCGGACCAAUUUGCGUAUAAGAUUUGUGAAAUCAAUUAGAUAAUUCUCUCAGUUUGCCAUAGAAAUGGAUGAUCGAUCUGCAUCGUUAUGUAUGCCAGCCAGCCUUAGUUGUCACUUAUUGGUAGCCUGCCGUGCUUUAGGUUUUUUGCUUAAUGUUUCCUAGUUUUAGGUUUAGGUAUGUUAAACGCUAGAGAGCAAACUGGUUUUGGUUUUGGCUAAGGCUAUAAGAGUAUGUGCCGUGUAUUGGAAUUUGCAUAUAAAUUGCGUAUUUUGUAGGUAUAAAACAGGCCAGACAAUUGUGUAAAAGUAUACCUAGUUGCAUAGUUAUUAUUAUAUUUAUAACAAUGAAGUGUAAUUAAAGUAUAAUACGAUUUAAGUACAGUGCAUGAUUUAAAAUACAACGAAUAAAUAUAUUUACACCGAAAUUCUUUUUCUAAUUUUUUUCCUACGAAAUAUAUACACACACCAUAUAGAUCUAUAUACAUAGAUAUUUAAAUACGAGUAUGUAUAUCAAAUAUAUUAGUUGUAUACAUAUUGAACUAGUUUUUACAUGAUUCGAAAACACCGAAUACAUUAUUAAAUUUCGCUUACAUUCAAUUAAUAUGCAACUCACACAGUGCGACCACUGCGAAUAUGAAAAAUGAACGGAACGGCUCAGCGCCACAUUGUAAAUACAAAAUGUUCAACAAAUUACAUAGAAAGUAAAAUUUUUGGGAAUGGCCCGGCCGGCAGCAUAUUAAUAACAUGCAAUAAAAUAUAGACGAUUUGGUGGCCUACUUAAAACGAUCUUAUUGUUGAAGAUUUAAACUUAAUUACACUUAUCGUGAACAGGAGAAUAAGAACACGCAAAAUAAUUUAAAUAAAGAAACUUUAACUAUGACA